AUGUCUUACGAGCCUUUGCUGGUCGCGUACCCAUUUCCGGCUUUUGCUGUGCUCCUCUCUUCACGCUCCACGCAUGGCGGGCCGUCGCUGUCGCCUGUCUUCGCCAAUAAGGCGUUCUGCACCCUACUUCUCGGUCAUGAAACGCCUAUGAAUGCACUGGAGGGGCUCUGGUUGGAAUCACUGCACACACUCGACCAGGCGCGAGCCUUUACCGACUGGGCCUUUGCCGCUGCCAUCGAUCACGAACCUAUCGCGAUCACGCUCGAGGUCGAACUCAAGCUAAGAUGGACCGACGCGCGCCCGAGGCUCGAACUCGCGCAGUCCGUACUUGACGGUCACGUCGUGAUCACAGCUAUACCACGCUCUGCUCUUCCUAGACCGGAUGCAUCUCCGCCCGCGACCCUCACAACUCGGCCCAGCCUCCCAACCCUCCCCUCUUCGCUCUUAUUCUCCUCGACACCAUCCUGCCACGAGCUAUAUGAAACAUACGACUGGGCAUCAACACCUCUUGGUCCGCGCGAAUCGUGGACGGAUACUCUCCAAGCCGCCGCCAACUACGCACUCGCCAAUCCUUUCCCUACUUGCGUCUGGUGGCGCGCGAAGGGUGCUACGGAGCUCGUAUUGCUUUAUAAUGAUGGAUACGCAGCGAUAGCUGGCAGCAAACAUCCCGCCAUCUUCGGCAAGGCCGGUUCCGUAGCGUGGGGCGAGCUAUGGGAAAUGAUUGGGCCUGUCGCUACUCGUGUGUUGCAAGGAGAGAGCAUAUAUCGGAUGGAGGAUCUACUUUUCUUCAAUCGCCUGACGGAAAAGAAGCUGCCGGAGGAGACAUACCACAACUGGAACUACGUCCCCGUACGGGGCGCGGACGGCGAGGUUGACGGAUUCCUAAACAGUACCUUCGAUACAACGGGAAAAGUGGUCGCCGACCGUCGUCUGGCUUUACUUCGCGAGCUCACAAUGCGAGCUGGCCUCGCACGCACGCAGGAUGAGUUUGUCCGAGCCCUCCUUGACGUGCUCCAAGGAAGCGUGCUGGAAGCGCCGUUUGCGUCUGUAUGGCGUUGUGUGGCUCUUGAUGCUAUGCCUGCAUCUUCACCAUCUGCACCACCUUCAACACCUCAGCACGCAUCCACCAAGUUUCGUCUGGAUCUCCGAGGCACAGUCGGCCUCCCGUCAGACGGCUCGCACCCUGCCUUCCCCGCGUCGUUGGAGAUAUCACUCGCUUCACCCCCAUCACGCGCUCUUCCUGCGAGACCCGGGGCGACCGGACGUCCUUCGAGCUUUGCGGGAGCUCUACAGCGGACAAGCAGCUUGCGGGAGUCACAAGAACGCCUUGGCACCGUGGGGCGGCCGUCGAGCUUCGCUGGUACACCAUCGGGCCUGAAAAGCCUUCCCGACGCCCCUGUUCAAGAUGAGCGCUCCCCGAGUACAUUUCGUGACCCAGCCAAUCCGACUGCAUCUGCUCGUACGCAGAGCAACAGCCCAGCCACAAGCGCAGCUUCAAGUCGUUCUCCACCUGUCGAGGACAUACAACUCGAAAGCGGAGAAGGAAAUGCGGUGGUGUUCUGGUCGCUCGCAGACGUGUGUGCGCAUCCGACAACAGUACGGCACGUCGCACAUCUACCGGAGUGGGUGACCGCGAGAGCGGAGCCCCGUGCUUGGGGGGAAGUUCCGCGCGAGGCAGUUGUUAUCCCGCUCUUCUCAUCUGCAUCUACAUUUGUCUCUGACGGUGCAGAGAUCGAAGCCGAUACUUCUUCAGACGAGAGCGGAGAUACUGCAAGCGGGAUCUUGGUACUAGGCUUAAACAGUCGGCGACCAUACGAUGCGUCGUAUUCGGCAUUCAUCGACCUCUUCCGGCUCAGUCUUAACGCACUUCUCACGGCGGUCGCUGGUCGCGAGGCAGAUGGCGCGCGUGCACGGCAGCUUGCACAGCUUGACGAAGCUAAGACAGCGUUCUUCAGCAACGCAAGCCACGAGUUCCGAACGCCCUUGACACUCAUACAAGGGCCGUUGGAAGACUGUCUGGGCAUGAUGCAGGGAGAGAGAGCUCGUGAGAGAGGGAAAGGUUCUGGUGACGAUAUUGGUGCCGGAGAGAUGGACAGGACGAUGACCAGGGUCAAAGAAAGGGAACGCGCAGUGCGUGAGCGCCUUACGAUGGCUCUACGGAACGUCGCUCGCCUCAAGCGGCUGGUCGACUGUCUCAUGGACUUCUCCAAGCUUGCCGCGAAUAGGCUGGAAGGACGGUUCCGCCCUGUCGUGCUGGGCCCACAUACAGCCGACCUCGCCAGCUUGUUCAGAAGCGUGAUAGAGCGGAGCGGGAUCGAAUACGACGUGCAGUGCGACGAUGCCGGGGAUGUCGCCGUAUAUGUUGACCCAGAUUUCUGGGAGAAGAUCGUCUUCAAUUUGAUCGGCAACGCGUUCAAAUACACGAUGGCAGGCAAGAUCUCGGUCUACAUGGAAGUGCGCGAUGGUUGUAUGCACUUCAGUGUACGUGACACUGGCGUCGGUAUCCCGCCCAGUGAUAUCGACAAGGUCUUCGACCGUUUCCAUCGCGUAAACACGGUUGGGCGCUCUCACGAGGGCACUGGAAUCGGUCUUGCGCUUACGAAAGAGCUUGUUAUAUUACAUGGUGGCAGACUCACCCUCACAUCGCUCACGGCCGAUGAUGCCCCAGAUAACCACGGUUCAACGUUCUCGGUCGCCAUCCCGCUCGGCAGCGUGCAUCUACCUGCAACGCACGUCGAUACAACGCCACUCGUCGCUGAGCAGGAAGAAGGCGCGCAUAGAAUGUACGGCCGUGGCAUCGUUGACGAAGCUGGGCGCUGGGCAUCAUCAUCGGGGCCUUCUCUUACCAUGUCUAACGCCACAACCGCAUCCAGCUCUGAUGCCGGUGAAUCUGGCUCAUCUAGUGACUCAGGGAGGAUGGACCCAAGUACCCUAUUCUUCGUGAAGAGCGACCGGAUAUUGCUCGUUGAUGACAAUGCGGACAUGAGACGGUACAUCGCCGCGCUGCUUCGCCCGUAUUGCACCGUGCUCGAAGCUGUCAACGGUCAAGACGCACUCGAUGUUCUCGACAACCUACGGGCAGAGGAGGAUACACUCGGAAGCGAUCAGGGCAUCGCGCGAGCCGCACAUAAACGCAUGCCAGACCUGAUCAUCAGCGACGUGAUGAUGCCUGUGCUGGACGGGUUCGGGCUUAUCUCACGCCUGCGGCAGCGCACGGAUACCCGCCUACUGCCCAUCAUCCUUGUGACAGCCAAGGAGAGCGAAGAAGCUCGCGUCGAAGGUUUACUCGGUGGCGCCGACGAUUAUCUUUGCAAGCCUUUCACUGCUCGUGAACUCGUGGCGCGGGUUCAUCUGCAGAUGCAACUCGGGAAGCGCCGUGCACAGCUUGAAGCGCUCUUCAAGGUCCGGACGCGCGAGAUUCAAGUCCUCAGCGAUCUGAGCCCCGUGGGCAUUCUUCGAGCAGACGCUGACGGACUCACAACGUACACGAACGCUAGAUGGCGCGAGAUAAGCGGGGGUGAGGAUGAUGAGGAGGACUGGCUCGCGUUGAUUGAGGAAGGCAUGGAGGCCGCGCAGGACGCAUGGGAAGUUGCAUUAGAUGAACGGCUCGGGGUCAGCGCCGAGUUCCGAUUCCGCAAUGGGAAGUACGCGAAAGGUCAAUUCGAGCCUCUUAUCUCGGAGGAAGGAAACUUCACAGGAGUCAUCGCAACGCUCACAGAUCUAUCUGAGACGCGAAGAUUCGAGCAAGUGCGACUCGCUCACGCCGAGGAGCGCGCUGUCACUGCUCGCAAGCAGGCUGAGGAGGCAGAUCGUGCGCGGGCUGAUGCGGACGAACGUCGACGUGGGCAAGAGUUGUUGAUUGAUGUGACGAGCCACGAACUACGGCAGCCCGUGAGCGCGAUCCUGAACUGCUCGAGUCUCGUGCGGUCCAAUCUUGGAGCGCUUUACACCGAACUCUCUCGCGGUGGCCCGUACACUCCGUCUGAUUCCAUGCUGAAGCUCGUACGGGAUGACCUCGACGCACUCGACGCGAUCUAUCAGUGCGGGCUUGCACAGGAGCGCAUCGCGAACGACGUGCUCAGCCUGAGCCGCAUUCAGCUCGAGGUUUUGAGCAUCUCACCUGUCGACUUUGAUCUCGUAGCUGAGAUGCGCCGCAUUGUCGCGAUCUUUUCGAAUGAGGUCAAGAUGAAGGGCAUCACACUCGAGGCGCGACUGGACGCAUCUGUGCACCAUCUUGGUGUGCAAAACGUACGCUCUGACCGCGCGCGCUUCGGGCAAAUCGUCACAAAUCUGCUGUCGAAUGCGAUCAAGUUCACGGACACGAGCGUUGGAAAGCGCGACAUCAUCGCUACUCUCUUCGCCUCACGUCGUGCACCACCACACGGCGAGCCAUGUGUGCCGCCCCCUGGGCCCGAGUUGCCGUUCUCGUCCGCCGAGCUUCCUGCAAAUGUGUAUCUUUACUGUGCGGUCAAGGAUUCUGGACCAGGCCUACGACCAGACGAUCUUGCGCUGCUAUUCCGCCGCUUCCAACAGGGGUCAAACUCGCACAAUGUAUUCGGUGGAAGCGGGCUUGGACUGUUUGUCUCUCGCAAGCUAUGCGAGCUCAUGGAUGGCAACAUCGACGUCGAUAGUGUUUACGGCGAAGGUGCAACCUUCCGCUUCUUCGUUAAGGCGCAAGCGUUACCAGGAGAACCAAUAUCUCCAGUCUCAAUACCAUCCACCUCUACCAGUCCCGCAGCUUCGCCAUCCGCUGGUGAAGACGUACAUGUGCUCAUCGCAGAGGAUAAUCUGAUCAACCAGACCGUGUUGAAUCGGCAGCUUACCGCUCAGGGCUUCAUCACGACUUUGGCGAACAAUGGCCAACAGGCACUCGACUGCAUUCUCGCACGGGCAGCUGGGGAUCAUGGGGCGCCUCGACGUUUUGACGCUGUACUGAUGGACUGCGAGAUGCCCGUAAUGGAUGGACUCAGCGCCGUACGCGAGGUUCGCCGUCUUGAGGCUGCUGGUUCCCUUGCUGGUCCUCGCAACUUGGUAUUUGCCCUGACGGGAAACGCAAGGGCGGGUCAGGUUCAGAAUGCGCGCGACGCGGGUAUGGACGAUGUCAUCAUCAAGCCAUACAGGCUCGACCAGUUGGUGGCCAUCAUUACGGACGCGGUAGCCCGCAGUCGAGAACAGCCGGGUCCAUACCUUGACGCUGUACCGAUGAGGCCAUCGGAGGUUGCACCCGAGGCAACAUGA